CACCUGUCUGGUUCUUCGGGCUGUGGGAUCCUACGAUGAUUUGGACUGCUGCUGUCCUGAUGAUUGUUGUUUCAUACGCUGAUUCGGACAACUACUGUUACAAUGAGCCACAUUGUGAUCCUUAUGCAUGGGGAGACACGUUCCCGUCAUGCCACCCCUUACUUGAAGAGCACCACUCUCCCAUCAACCUGGACCACCAGAUGACCAGAAAUGACUCUCUGGGGUCUUUGCAUCUGGAGGGCUUCGAUGCGAUCCAAACAGGCCACUGGACGCUUAAGAACGACGGACACACCGUUGUGCUGCAGGUUGGCAGCGGCAUGUCAGUGAGCGGUGGAGGUCUUCCAGAUGUGUACCACACCAUCCAGCUGCACUUCCACUGGGGAGGCCCGGCCACCAACGGCUCGGAGCACACCGUGGACAGACGCAGAUAUCCAAUGGAGAUGCACAUAGUCAACAUGAAGUCCAUCCAUCCAAAUCUGACAGCAGCCUUGGAUGAUCCAACAGGACUUGCUGUUCUCGGAUUCUUCAUUGAUGUUGUUUACGCAGACAACAUGUACUUUGGACACAUAUCGCAAAAACUGUCCUCCGUGGCUUACAAAGGCCAAACGACUAAAAUCAAGCCAUUCCCGCUGGUGAGCCUUCUGCCGAAGCACAACAUGAGUCAGUAUUACCGCUACUAUGGCAGCCUCACCACCCCUCCUUGUUCUCAAGUGGUUGUAUGGACUCUGUACCAAGUCCCCAUCUACAUCUCAUGGUCUCAAUUGGCUCAGUUUACUUCGCAGAUCUUCUCCACAGAGGAGGACGCAGAGCAGGUGAGGCCUCUGCAGAAAAACUUCAGGCACGUCCACCCCAGCUUCAGUCGCAUCGUCUCCGCAUCCAAGGAUGCCAGACUGCUCACUGGGACGGCCAGCUGUCCCCUCAGUCGGAGAGGUUUCUGAUUUGAACCCGAGGCACAGUGCAGAGUUUUCAGAUCUGUAGAGAUG